AUGGGAGCGAGUGAAACAAAUUUGCUGGCCUUAUUGCCAAAAGAUUUUGUUAAAUUUGUUUCAUCAGUAAAGUGGACAGAGCGUCGUGAUGUGCUUCAAUGUUUCCUUGAUAAUCUGGCUCAUUCAUCAAGAUUAAAUACGGAAAUCAAUUACAUUGAACUCAUGAACGAGCUUAAAAAAAUCAUCAUGAAAGAUUCGAACGUAAUAGUUAUAAGCUUAGCGAUUCGGGUGCUAACAGCGAUUGUAAGAGGGUUGCAAGGAAAAGCUUCAGCUUAUAUUUCACUGAUAUUGGUCCCACUGUUAGAAAAAUUUAAAGAGAGAAAAGCUAUGAUUAAUUGUGCUAUUACCGAAUGCAUCGAUGAAAUCGGCUUUUUUUGCAAUGCGAAUUUUUUAUUUAGUUCAAUUUGUAAUGUUUUGGAUAAUACACAAAAUCCCACUGUAAAGGCUGAAAUUGAUCACUGGAUUUAUAGAAUUUUAUUAAAUUACGAUAAAGACAGGAUUCCCUUCGACUUCAUUGAAAAAAUUGCACCAUAUUUGAUACAGCAUGGCAGUAAUGGCAGUUCUGCUGUGCGCAAUGGAUGUUUUAUGGCUUUUGGUGGGAUAAUUCGUUUGAUUGGUGAUCAGGCAACCAUGGCCAUAGCGAGUGUUCUGUUUGCUGAUAAAAAGAAAAUAAUCAAAAUGUACAGUUUUUGUGAAAAGGCUGCUGAAGAAUUUGCAAAACUAGAGCAAAUGAAAAAUUCAAUUGUAGAAAAGAAUUCUAAAAAUAAUUCGAAGGAUGAAGAAUCAUUUAGUGAAAACAAGGAGAACAGUAGAAUGGACUCGGACAGAAAUGCAACUGAUUUUGAUCCGUGGGAGAUGUUACCAGAGACUAACAUUGUUCUUCGCAACGACUUUGAUACACUAUUGAGUUCUAGACAGUGGAAGGAGCGUAAGGAAGCGCUCGAGAGUCUUCUGGAAGUAUUGGAUCAAAAUCCUCGAUUAAAUCCCGGUGAUGACUACCAACCUUUAAUUAAAUCUCUUUCUUCGGUUAUUGCAAAUGAUGUGAAUAUUAAUGUUCUCGCACUUGCUAUAAGAAGUGUGGCGAAGAUAGCUCAGGCACUUCGAUAUAAAUUUUCCUCUCUUACACCAAAGAUAAUGGAGAUAUUGCUGGAAAAGUUCAAAGAAAAGAAGGUUAUUUUACGAGAACCACUAAUAGAAUGUAUUGACUAUUUGUCCUUGAUAACGCCUUUAUCACUAUAUGUCAGAAGCGUAGAAGAUGCGUUAAAAAAAGAAAAUCCUCAAAUUAGGAUGCAAACCGCUUUGUUCAUUGCAAGACUAUUUAGACAACACAGUAGGCAGACUUUACCUUCCAUUGAAUUAAAAAUUAUUGCUCCACCUUUACUUCAACUUGCAUUUGAUUCGAAUGUCGAUUGCCGUGAUGCAUCUUAUUCAGCUAUCGGUGCUGUUAUGAAAUCAAUUGGUGAGAAAGAUGUUGGUUUAUUAUUCAGUGGUGUCCUUGAGGAUUCCAUCAAAUAUCUUAAGAUUAAAGAACAAUGUGACAAUUUUUUAAAAGAAUUUGGUUGCUGUGAAAGUAAAGCUAUCUUACGUUUAUCAAAAAUUGAUGUAGAGAAUAACUCAGGUAAUGGCAGUUCUGAUAUAUUAGUGAAAAAUAUUACAUUAAAGCCAAAUACUAACGCCAAAUACAUCAGAAAAAAGGAUUCUGGGUUCUUUCUUCCAAAAACAGUUCCAAGAUCAAUUUUAAAUUCAACUGCAUCUCACAAUUUUCAUUUUUUUUCAAAUCAAAUUUCGAAACUUUCGGACUCAUCAAGAUUAAUUGAGGCUAAUAGGCCGUUCACUUCAAGUAGAAAUAAACAGACCUUUCCAUUAAACUGUGGUAUUGUUAAAGAGAAUAUCAGAUCUACUAUCACAUUAUCUAGCAACAACUGGCAAGAAACAAGGCAUCUUAAUACCACUACCUCAGUAAAAAUUUCGCAACUAGUAAAGCAUAUCGCUGUCGAAAGAAGUCAAACGAUGCAGAAUAGGCUUGUACGUAGUCGCCCAUAUGCACCAGGGAGUAAAAUCCCAAGACUUUGUUAA